AGAGAUCGGGGCGGCUGUGCCACGCCUCGUCACGACAGUAACCACGUCCUCGCGAAGCGCUUGGCGGUGAUCGGUACAGGCUGUUAUCGAACAGCGGCAGGGAUUCGGUACUGAACGACAUCCAUCCCCGGCUUCGCGGCGAGGCGACCAGCACGACUGAAUGCUCCAGAUCUGAGCAUUCCUAUUCUCCUUACUCCCCUACUCGUGUUUUUUCGUCUUUCCUCGCCCGCAGAGCGGGGCCUCUUUCUGCGGCAUUUGCGUCCAGCCAUGGGUGCUGUCGACGACGGUUUACUUCCCGUCACACAGGCCGUUCAUAAUCGCAGGGCGGACGACCAGGUUGUCACCUCCGUAUUCACCUCUGUGUUCACGACAAAGGAUCAUGGCGACUCGGUGAUCACGCAAAAGCUUGUCACGACCAAGGUCACUGUGAGCUCGUCCUCGUCGUCGGCGUCCUCGACAUCGUCCCCGAGCUCGUCGGCUAGUUCCUCGAGCCCGUCGAGCAGCAGUAGCAGCAAGUCGAGUUCCUCCUCUGGCUCUUCCUCGUCCUCGUCCGCAUCGUCCACCACCAAGAGUGCUCCGGCCACUUCUACUAGUUCUGGUGCAUCCUCGACGAAUGCCUCGUCCGCCGCCGCGUCUCUGGCGUCCCUUCCUUCCGCGACCGCAGCGUCCGCGACCGGCUCCGAUGCCGCAAGAGCGACCUCCACGAACACGUCCUCCAUCACGAAUGGCUCCUCGUCGUCCAAGUCGCUGUCUACGGGGGCCAUCAUCGGGAUCUCCGCGGGCGGCGGCGCGCUGCUCAUCCUGAUCUUCAUCUACCUCAUCCGCAAACGCUGCCUCCGCCGCCGCCAGCGCCGCAUGACCCAGUGGAUCGCGCCCGACACCGGCUUUGGCCCCGGCGCGCUCGAGAAGGGCGGCGCGGCCGCGCUCUCGGCGGAGACGCUCGUCCCGGAGCGCAUCCCGUCCAUCCGCAAGGAUCCCGAACAUGCCGCCGGGCCAGAUCAUGCCGCCGAACGGUGUCGCGCCGGGGCAGGUCAUCCCGCCGGCAGGUGCCCCCCGUGGCCCGGCCAGGGCAUACAACGCAGCUGCCCCGCCGAUGGGCUAUAAUGACCCACCGGGGGCCAUGUUCCAGAACCCGCCCGUCGCGCGCUACAACACCCCGCCCCCCGCCGCGCGCUACAACACCCCGCC